AUGGACGACGACGACCGCCGUCCUGCUCAAGAGAAGCGACUCCCCUUUGGCCUUGGGAGUCUGGGCAAGGGCAAACGAAAGGGCCCCCGGCCAUCCGUGUCUGGCGUCCAUGUCCCACUGCUGCGUUUCGGCGCUGGCUCUGGGUCUGGUGCCGGACGCUCGCCGACAUCGUCACCUUCCUCAUCUCCACUCAUGACAUCUUCCCCGGGCCCAAGGUUGCGGCAGCCCCCAUCUCGGUUGGCAGCGGCAUUACACUGGGCGCGCGUGCGCCCGCGCCGUUCUCUCGCGUUUGUCGUGAUCCUGCUCAUCCUGGUGAUCCAUUUCCUCUCGGACCGCAUCGCGGACGGCAUCUACGAUAUCCGGCACGCGUUUGACAAGGUCGAGGAAUGCGCAUUCGUCAGUCCCGUCGAAGCGUAUCACCACGACCUCGCACGCUUGAGAGAGCUGUAUGGCUGGAACGCCAACGUCGACCCUGCCGCAAGCACCAACGCCACCUCGCGCCCACAUAGCCACGCCCACCACACGUUCAGCUCGACGGGCCACCUCCUCGUGUCUCCUGCCGCGAGCGCCAACCACCCGAUCCCGCAGCUUCUCCAGCUGGGCGAGAAGCGCUGGGAAGAGCUGCUGUCACGACAGUCCCGCACGCUGCGCGCCGCCGUCAAGGAGUAUACACGGCGGUACGGCCGCGCACCGCCUGCCGGGUUUGACCAGUGGUGGGCGUUUGCGAUCAAGAACACCCUCAGGAGGCUGGAAGAGGUCCAGGCAAUGGAACACGUCUUCACCGUCAACAUUGCACGGGGCAAGGUCGGCGUGGAUAUCGAGCCCGGAGGCUUGAAGUGGGCUGGCACCAAGUCACGCGCGAGGGACGUGUCAAAGCUCAUCAAGUCGUUUGCCAAACACCUCCCAGACCUCAAAGCCACAUUCAGCAUCUUUGACCAGCCGCAAGUGUACAUGGCAUGGGAGCGGCACAGUGCGCUUGUCGCGUUGGGCGAGAAGGGCAAGCACACGACCCACCUGUCCGAGCCCGACCAGUCGCGCAUCACCAUUGCCAACUCGUGUGCCUCCGACUCGAGGUUACGCAACGGUAGCAGUCCCGAGGGCAAGUCUUUCAUCUACGACUCGCUCAAGUCGAGUGAUUUCUGUCAGAACCCGUACCUCGUCCCAAUCCACGGCAUCACCAUUGAGCCGCACACACCCGCAAGCGAGCCCAAGCCGCAUACAAAGCUGUUGCCGCUGUUCAGUUUGGCCAAGACAACUCUCAACUCUGACAUUCUGGUGCCACCAUUAGAGCAGUUCUUUGACAAGGUCAGGCGCGACCCGGCAUGGGAGGACAAGACGGACCCGCGUCUUGCAUGGCGUGGCCUGCCGACAGGUAUCUCCAUGAUGACCAAGGAUGUAGACUGGCGCUCCUCUCCCCGUUUCCGCCUGCACGCGUUUGCCAACAACCACUCGACCGCAAACAUGGAGUACCUGGCCCCGGACAUGGGCCAGGACCGUGCAGACAAGACAUACGAGGCGGAGGAGCUGGCGUACCACACAACCCCACCUCUGGGGUAUCGCGUGGAAAAGGUGCCUGCCGACGAGGCGGCGGAGUACUUCUUUGACAUGAAGCUUUCUGGUAAAGCUAUUCAGUGCUCAAAGGAGGACGGCACAUGUGACGACAUUAGACGCGAGGUAGACUUUGCCCCGCGCCAGACGGCGCACGACCUGUAUCAGCACAAGUUCCUCUUUGACGUCGACGGCAAUGGCUGGUCUGGCCGUUUCAGGCGUCUGAUGGGCACCAACUCUGUUGUCAUCAAGACGGCCGUGUUUACGGAAUGGUUCCAGCCGCACCUCAUCCCGUGGUUCCACUACAUCCCCUCCAAACUCGACUUUGGCGACCUGGCCGACAUUAUGGCCUUCUUUGCCGGGUCCCCACGCUACCCGGACCUUGCGUUUGACGAGACUGCAAAGGCGCUCGGGCGCAACGGCCAGUGUUUCGCGUACAUGUUCCGCCUGUUCCUCGAGUAUGCGCGCCUGGUGGCGGAGGAUGGCGUGGACAUGGAUUUCCACUAUGACGAGGCCAAGCACGGGACCGCGGGCGACGGUGGCGGUGACGGCGGUGCUGAGGAGGAGGACGAUGUCGAGGACGAUGCGUCGCCACUCGAGGUCGACGCUUCCCCGAUCGAGGUGGAGGUGGAUGGCGACGACGCCGAGACGCAAGCCGCAAGCAGCGAGCCCGACUACCACUUUGAUGACGGCACCGUCGACCUCGAGGUAACCGAGGCCAGCACCACCCAGCUUUGA